GUCGAAGAGAAGAGGGGAAGAAGGUAAAAAAAAAAAAACCGUGAGAGAAAGGCCUGAGACCAAUCUCCUCCUGACUGAACAGAAAGACUGACCUCGGAGUCAGUCGCGAACGUGACAACUUGGUAGGUGACUCCCUAUUCCAUGCUUUCAACUAUUUCUUCCAUCCAUCCUCCACUCGUUUGCGGAGGAUAAUUUUCCUCUCUUCCCAUUUCACACCUUUCUUGCCUUUCCCCCUACCCUACGUAUCAUAGUUCUGAGCCUUUUUUACCGCAAGCAGCCGCGGGUACGAGUACAGUACCGUUGACAGCAACCAAAGCGGGGCGCAGGACAACAUUCUGACGUUUUCAGCUCGCUUCCUCUUAUCCGUCUUUUGGGGUAACGUCUUUGUAUAAGACCUGCACUGUCUUCCCAACCCACGAUUCAACUGUCUCCAUUCCAGAACAACUCCAAAACGUCCACUAAUUCAAUAUGUCGGAUAACGAAGACUCCAAACAGUUUGCCAAGGAAAGGCCGAUAUCGACCAUCGCGCGGUCCUUCUCCGCGCAACUGAACGACGCGUUCCUGAUUGAUGAUACAUUGGACCAGUUGUCCUCUACCGUCGAGCAAAAAAAGCUCUCGGUAACCUUCCACUCGAAAGAACUGGAAGAGUUGGAAGCGCGGAUUCGCCGCGCUGAAGCUCUCCUGGAGGAGAAGAAGAAACGCUUCUCCGAGCAGCUCCCCGGCGAGCAACCCUCCGAUCUAUCAGCCCCCAGCACUCGCCCCGCUAGGCAGUCAAUGCCCGACCACGACCAACCGGAAAGCUCGCAGGCUGCGGCUGCUCCACCAAACAGACCUGCUCCUGCCCCGCCAGUUGCCAAUGGUGGCAGCGCUAAGGGUGAGUUCGUGGUGAUUGAGAAAUCGGCCAGCAUGCCUGGCGAGUCGGGGAAUGGCCCCCCUGCUGCGGUGUUUGGUGAGCAAUAUUCUGCGAGACCGCCACCGCCUGUUCCGACUUGACUAUUCUUUAUCAUUGCUAUUCCAUGUCGUGAGGAGCUUCCGUUGGGCUGUAUAGGGUGGGGUGGUAGGGCUUGUCAUGGUUUCGGGUGUUAUUGCUUGUUUUUUUUAUAUUUUACUCACUAUUAUUUUCUAAUAUCUCUCUCCUUUCACCUCAUCCUGUUCAAAUGCUCUGCGAAUCUAUGGCGGUUGCCUCGUUCCCGGGAACGGAUGGGGGAACUCUUUUUUCGAACAAAUCUCUAGGGAGCGUACCAAUAACGUGACGCAUGUGAUGUGUUGUUCUAGAUUCUAUACCUUUUCCAUAACUAGCUUUAGCGUUGCUUUUCUUUUUUCUUCUUUUCUUCUUUUCCUUCGAGGAUGGUU